GGCAUAAUUUUUCAACUUGCAUUGCUUAAAAACUAUGAUUACCAAUGGAGCUUGAAGAGUUAUUACAGUUGUAGCAAGAAAAUGAUCAAUGUUUACAUUUUUUGUUUCUAGUAACCUAUUUACAUGUUUAAACUUAUUCAAUGAUUUAACAUCGACUCAAAAAUCAACUCAAUUGAAACAAACAUGGCAACUGUUGAUUUGUGUGACAAUAAAACAACUGUUACAGUUAAAAUUAAACAAAAUGCAUCAACUGGUCUUUCUUCAGCUUACAAGGACAGAAAAUUCAGUGACUUAAUCAUCGUCAAUAACGAUAAAGAAUAUCAUGUUCACAAGAUUAUUUUGUCUUCAUUCAUUCCGUAUUUCGAUAAAAUGCUUUCAUCCGGACUCGCAGAAUCAAAAAGUUCACGAAUUGAGCUGAAACAUCCAACGAAAAUAUUCGAUCUCAUAAUUGAUUGGGCUUAUUGUCAACCGAUUAAUGUAACCAAGGAAAAUGCUCUUGGAUUGUUUCAUCUUUCUGAUUACUUGGAUAUACCUGAUUUAGCGAAUGAAAGUUUAAGUUUUCUGUUCGAUCACUUUUCAAAUGAAGUUGUUGUUGAAAUUGAUCAUUGGAUUAAUCAAAUUGCAACUCUCAAAGCUCGUCAACUGAUUGAUCAAUACAUUUGUGAAAACUUUUGUGAUAUAAUUACAACCAAGAGUUUCUUGGGUUAUGAAGUUGAUACUGUUCAUUACAUGAUAAACCUGAAUGAAUUGAACAUUAAUAGUGAAGUGCAAGUGUUCGAAGCCAUCAUUAGAUGGAUUACCAUCAAUGCCAAGGAAAGACUUGUGCAUCUACCAAAGUUGAUAUUAGCUUUAGAUUGGAGUUCAAUCGAUAUAAACCAAUUUACUAACACAAUCGCUCAAAAUUUUUACAUUAAACUGUGCAAAGAAACACGACCGAUAAUCUUGUCAGCAUUUGAGUCGAUUUGUUAUAAUUCAUCCGAUCAAAUCAAAGAUGUAAAUUUAAUCAUUGGACCUCGUCUCAAAGAUCCUCCAAUGUUGCGUUAUUUAAUACAAGAACCAGAAGGAACAUUAACAUUGAAAAAUCUCCAAAAUGAAAGCAUCUCCUUACCAUUUGUUUGUGAUGUUAAUAUGACUUUCAAUAGAUGCACUGAUGAAUAUUUAGCUGAAUAUUUAAUAGACUCAGAUAAAUUGAUUCUAAUUAAUUGGAUUUCGAAAACUUAUCGAUUAACUAAUCAUUCCGUUUUCAGUAAACUGUUUGGGCGCAAUUUUGAGUUCAAAGAAGAUGGGAAUGUUUUCUUGUGGAAAGGGAAUCGUCCAAUCGCACUUAAACCAUUUCCCGGAGAAGUGACGCGUAUUCAUUCGGUAGCCCCUUAUAAAGGCCAGUUUUACGUGGUUGGUUCUAAUGAUCCUAGAAUUGUGGUAAUGAAGCUUGACCCGUGUGAUAAUGUCUGGACUGGUGUGGCUAAUGCUGGACAAUUGUUUGGACUAUCGUUUGGACAUGUUAACCAGUUGAAACAUGUGUUGUAUGACAACAAGUUGAUUCUGUUUCUUGACAAUUCAAAUUAUCAUAUUUACAAUCUCGAAUCAACUAAAUGGACGCAACAUGUUGGUUCAGGCCUGUGGAAUAGAACAGCUGAUCUUCACUUUACUCUUCAUCAGUCUAAACUGUUUCUCCUCAGUCAAGUUCAAGCAGAACUGUAUGAAUUUGAUUCAAUUGAAGAUACAUUUAAAGUGGUCAAAGGAAAACCAAUCAAAGGUACAAAUUUCGUUGGGUUAAUAUCAACUGAAAUGGAAGCAAAAUUAAAAGAGUUUGUUUUAAACUUUCGUCUGUUGGAUUCCAAGACUUUACGUAAAGUGCUGAUCAGAACAUGACAUUGCUUUUAUUUCCGUUUUUGCAUUUGCAAAUAAAGAUUAAGCCAUUUUACUGAAUUAAGGAUUUGGAUUGCUCAUCGUGACUUUAUUAACAUGAUAGUUUUCAUACCGAUUGAUCAAAAUAAUUUCACAUUUGAGUGCUAUGAAUAAAAGUUAUAAAGUAUAUUGUCUAAUCUUUGCUAUCAUUAACAUUUGUGGUUUGUAAAACUAAGUUAAUGAAACGAUUCCAAGUAAACUUAGCGUUGUAUUAUGUUAA